CUCAAUUAUUAUUGUCUUAAAAUCAGACAUUAUCCUGCUCAAAGCUAGUGAAAACGCUAUUCCCAACACGUGUAAAUGCGGUCAAUCGCGUCUAUGAAUCCACACCAAUAUUCAUUUUUGUAAACUCGCACUUUAUAAUGCUCAAUCAACGGGCAAAUAUAUGAUUCUCAACACGUGAACAUGUGGUCAACCGAGCCUGAAUCCACACAAAUGAUUUUGUUAAGUCGCUCAUUAUUCUGCCGAAACUAGAGAAAUUUUAUUCCCUACACAAGUAGAUGCGGUCAAUACGCCUGUGUGUGCCGAGGUAUUCAAGGCCGUGAUAACCUUGUAGUAUCUUGUGCUGUGCACCAAUGCUUCUGCGAUGAUUAUAAGGUCUCGAGAUCCGGACGGCUGUACACGCUUACCGCGUGUUUUGCGAGUAUAGUUGUAUGUUGUGUGAUGUUAACACAGAAGUUCUAUCUUGGUAAAGUGAAAUUCUCCUCAAACAAAAAGGACCCCGGUAAAGUGAAUCUUGAUUUCGCACAGACAUGCCACUCAAGCCAAACAGUCGCUGAUAUCUACCGACCUUUGUGCUCAAAGCUAGACAAUACCUGGGUUAACUUCCAGACAUCUUGUCAAUAUUUACAAGUGCAGAUAGUAUGUACACGGAAACAGCAAGUCUGCCCAUCCUGGAAAUGGGACGUCUCUGAUUGGACCUUGUCUUACGAAGGUAGUCAUCGGUCCACGAUCUGCGCAUACCCGCUACGCAACGAGCGAAUACUGAGAAUUAACUACGCUAACGGCACCACAGAAUACCCAGAAUGUUCGCUACAGAAGCGUUUUUGUCGGCUGCCGCAUUAUGACCCCCUACUGCGCAAGCGCAUCAACACGGACCCGUGCUGCCGACGAAACAUGCUUCACAUGAUGAGGACGCUGACCAGAAUGAUGGACGAACGCGGGAUUAAUCACGUGAUGAUAAGCGGCGCUGUGAUUGGCUGGGUGCGUAAUCGUGCGCUUGUCCCGUAUGACGUGGAUGUGGAUUUCAUCGUAGAUGAGAUGCACAAGGAAAAGUUUAUGGUGAUGGUUAGUAAGGAGUUUGAGACUUUGGGGUAUGAAUUAUUUAAACGGAACGGUCCCACAUGGAUCUGUCCGCACAAGGACUGCAAACACAUCUGUCACCCUGAUAUGUGGUUCUACAAAGUGACACACUACAACACUGUAGAAAUAAAUUACUAUACUAAGUCAGGCGUGUUAUGGAGCCAGCCCUAUGCGAGCAUGUUUCCAAGACAACGGGGAGAGCUUGAGGGACAUACCUUCUGGUUUCCGGCGAAACCUGUGGAAUACCUUGACCGCGAGUACGGACAAGGGGCAUGGAAACGAGAACUGCAAUGCACACGGAUGAAAGAUGAAUGUAUAGAAUGGGGAAUUCAUAUAUUAGCUAAGUUAGCAAAUUAACUUACUAGUACUAGUAAAUGAAAUUGGGGGCGAGAAAGUUUAGUGGUAUUAUUUUGAAAUUUUAUA